AUGUUGCUGUCUCCUAGCAUCGAUCUCGAUGAGUUUGCCAUCUCAACAGCGCACGGUUUCCUCCCAGACGGUCUUCCUCUGCCGCAACUCACCCAGCCCUACUUUGCCCCAUGGGAAGACCUGGCCAGCCAGCUCCCUCAUCUCAUCCAGAGCGGACAGAUUCGCUGUCUUAUAGACAGUCUCCCGGUCCUCUCCCCAUCACGGCUCCGAACAGAACCGGAGUGGCGGCGAGCAUACGUCGUCCUCGGUUUCCUCACGCACGCCUAUAUCUGGGGCGGCCAGAAACCCAAAGAGGUAAACCAGCUCUACCCAUCCACUCUGUCUCUCUAUAUUGACAGUGUAACUCAGGUCCUACCACCAUGCAUCUCAAAACCCCUCCUUGAAAUCUCUGCCCACCUCGAACUACCUGCCUGUGCAACCUACGCCGCCCUAACGCUCUGGAACUACAAAACCUCCGACCCAAAGGCCGAGCUCACAAACCCAGACACCAUCUCCCUCCUCACCUCCUUCACAGGAACAAGAGACGAAGAAUGGUUCAUCGUCAUAUCCGUCGCCAUCGAAGCCCGGGGCGCAAAGCUGGUGCCCCUGAUGCUCGACGCCAUCGCCGCGGCGAACGCACACGACGCUCCGCGGCUUGCCGCUCUGCUGUGCAGAUUCACAGACGGCCUGCGCGAACUCAAUGGGAUCCUCAAACGCAUGUACGAACACUGCGCCCCCGCAGUGUUUUUCCAUCAGCUCCGUCCGUUUCUUGCCGGCAGCAAGAAUAUGAGCACCGCCGGCCUGCCGGAUGGCGUGUUCUAUGAUGUUGGUGAUGGCCAUGGCGAGUGGCAUCAAUACAGUGGGGGGAGUAAUGCGCAAAGCUCGUUAAUUCAGACUUUUGAUAUCUUUCUGGGUGUGAAUCACUCUGCUACUGGGGAGGUGCGGCCCUCGGGAACUGGGUAUAUCCAGGAAAUGCGUAACUACAUGCCUGCGCCACACAGACGCUUCCUCGAAACUCUAUCUGCGCUCUCCACCGUCCGAUCCUUCAUCAUGAGCCCACACGCAGACUCCCCCGCAAAAGAGGCAUACAAUGCUGCGGUCCUGACGCUGAGCGCUUUCCGGGAUACGCACAUCCAGAUCGUGUCCAGGUAUAUCAUUAUGCCGGCCAGGAGUCGCGCACCGGUUGAGCAGGCGAGGAGUGAUCGGGUGAAUCUCGCUUCGCCCAGCGCCGGGGCGAAGAAUGAGACAAAUCCGACAGGGUUGUAUGGGACUGGCGGGACCAGUUUGAUUCCUUUCUUGAAGCAGACGAGGGAUACCACUAAAGCGGCGACGUGUUAG